AUGAACAAGACCAAGAGGAAACCCAAUGUGGAGACUUCUGGCAGGCCAAAGGGCGGGAGGCAGGGCCAGCGCAGGAGGAACACAUGUCCCAGUCCUCAAGACAUCAGCAAGGCCCUGCAGAGCCCCAGCUCUGCUCCUAGUGCCAGUGCUGCCAGCCUGGAUGAACUCAUACUGCGCUGCCUGAAUUGUUUCGAUUCAGAGGGGAAGACUUCCAACCCCCGAGGUUCCCAGCUGGUCAACAUGACCCUGAUGAUGCACAGCUGGGUCGUUCCAUCUCAGAUGUUCGUCCAGAAGCUCCUUACCCUCUAUAAGGAUUGUCCCUCCGACAAGAGAGCACUGAGGCGGACACAGAUCUACCACCUUGUACGGCAGUGGAUCAGCAAGUUCCCGGCAGUAUUUGAGAAGGACCCCGUCCUGGAACAGAUGAUGGGGGACCUAUGGGAGCUGGUCCGGCUGGACGGAGAACAGACACACUCCCAGCUGAUUGACACCUCCUGCUUAAGCCCUCAUUUGAACGCAUCACAGGCACCCUCGCCCUCUGUGAAGAAGAGGAAGGUGUCUCUAAUAUUUGACCACAUGGAGCCGGAUGAGAUGGCCGAGCAUCUAAGCUAUCUGGAGUUUAAAAACUUCUGCAACGUCUCUUUCCUAGACUACCGCAGCUACGUGGUGCGAGGCUCUGUGAGGGACAACCCUGCCCUGGAGCGCUCCGUAAUGAUGUGUAAUGGAGUUUCCCAGUGGGUCCAGCUGAUGAUCCUCAGCAGACACACUGCCCAGCAAAGAGCCCAGGUCUUCACCAAGUUUAUUCACGUGGCUCAGAAACUGAGAGCCUUGCAAAACUUUAACACUCUAAUGGCAGUAACCGGAGGCCUCUGUCACAGUUCGAUCUCUCGCCUCAAAGACACGUCUAAUCUGCUGCCUCCUGACAUCACUAAGGUACUGAGUGAAUUCACAGAACUACUCUCCUCGCGAAGCAAUUACAGCAACUACCGGCGGGUCUACAAUGAAUGCAAGGGCUUUAAGGUGCCCAUCCUGGGUGUGCACCUUAAGGACCUCAUCUCCCUAAAUGAAGCGCUUCCAGACUACAUAGAUGAGGAGAAGAUAAACCUGAGCAAACUGCAGCACCUGUACAGUAACAUCACCGACCUGCUGGACAUUCACAACUGUAAGCCACCGUUUGAGGCCAACAAAGACCUUCUGCACCUGCUCACGCUGUCUUUAGAUCUGUACUACACCGAGGACGAGAUAUAUGAACUGUCGUAUCACAAGGAACCCAAAAACCCCAAGAUUCAGCCUGUAGCUCCAGUUAAACCGCCGGUCGUGGCAGAGUGGGGAUCCGGGGUCACACCUAGGCUCGACUCUGACACUAUAUCCAAACACGUCAAACAGAUGGUUGAUUCCAUAAUGAAAAACUACGACCUGAAGCAGGAUGGCUACAUUUCCCUGGAGGAUUUUGAGAAAAUAGCAGCCAACUUUCCAUUCACCUUCUGCACUCAAGAAACUGACAGAGAGGGACAAAUCAGCCGAGAAGAAAUCACAUCCUACUUCAUGAGAGGAAUGUCUGUCUGCGCCAAGCUGGGCUACAACUUCAAUGACAUGCAUAACUUCCAUGAGACCACGUAUAAACGGCCGACGUUCUGUGACGCAUGUGGAGGCUUUAUGUGGGGGGUCAUCAAACAGGGCUACCACUGUAAAGACUGUGGGAUAAACUGUCACCGACACUGCAGGGAACAGGUGAAAAGGGGUUGCCAGAAGAAACACAAAAACACAACCGGGUCGUGUCCGUGCACCCCUGCCCCAGACUCCAGAACCAAGGGAAACAGCUGGAGUUCAGAGGAAGAGGCCUUUGUUUUCCCCCAAAGCAAUGAGAUUGAACAAAAUAGGGGAACAUCAGACUGGACAGACAACACAGGUGAUUCCACACUGUCGGACCGCUCCACUCAGACCGAUCCUGGCGUUUGGACGCCUGAACGAAGGGACAGGAGGGGAAACCACCUCAACUGUGUCGGACAUGCAUCUCCAGACAGAAGGUCCAAGACGCUGCCACACCGAAGCAGAGGUUGCUCCAUGCCGGUUUCCUUCCUGCAGGACAAACUGGAGGAGCUGCAUCUGCACAAAGACAAAAGCCGAGAGCCGGACUGAGGCUCCCUCUUCCUGCUCAGACAGCGCGGCCAUGUUUGGGCUGAAGCUGCGUCUCAGUGACAUUGAACUUAUCAGAAUUUUGGCUGUGGAACAGCAGCAACUGUAAAUGGACUUGAUAACUGUGUCAUUCUUCAUGUACCAGUCCUGUUAGUUUUAGGCAUCGACUGUCCUGCGUAAUUUAUGAAAACCAUGUUUUAUUUCAAGCAAGGGUGCCUUGGAUUUCUGGUGCUAAGAUUCUUAUGGAGUUUCUGAAAGCCUAUAGACACCUUCACACACACUAGGCAGUAAAAAAUAUGUUCAGUUUAACUCCGGCAGCUAUAUGACAAUUAGUAACUAGGUAAGCAAACAUGUGCCUUCAUGUGGAUCUGGAUGAAAACUUUAACCAGCCUAGACUUUUGUUGCAUUAACUGAUCUGUGGCCUAAAAAUAAAAAGUAGUUUGUUUUCAAGCAACAUGCAAACAUAAUCUUGGAUCAUCUGACAUGAAAAUAUUUACGGUUCAGCAGGACUGCACUGAAACAAUACACAUGGUCUAAUUAUUUUCAGAUUCCAUAUUUUGUCCUUUGAUUUCAUUUUUUUCUCCAAAAGAAAAAUAGAGGAAUACAACAGGUAUAAAUCAAGUGUCGAGUUUCAUUUUACUUCACAAAUGAAUGGAAAAGACAUCUUCCACACAUCCAGUGGCAUUUACAACUGUGUUUAUUGUAUAAAGACACAACAGCUGGCAUAACUGGUCAAAAAUCUGAUUCUUUUAAGGUAGAAAAAAAAAUGGCUUGAACUACAAGACUCGAUGAAUAUAAAGGGGAUGGAAAUUAAAAAAAGGCAAA